AUGUGCAUAUCCAUAUGCUUCAUUGUUUACAUUUUUCUAAUUCCUUUCUCCCUUGGAAACAAUGACAAGGAUUUAAAACACGUUCUGGAUGCCUAUAAAGAAAACCCCGAUUGUGUCUUCAAUUACACCCAAUUCAACUCCACCACUAUUAAAUUUUUUCCACAAUGUGAGAUGGUGUAUGCUAUAAUUGUUAUCAACUCUGAUACUGAUUUAUCGGGGGCUCAAAUCAAAAAUAGAUUAAAAAACAUGAACACGCUGGUUGGCGGGAUAAUAAUCGAGAACUCUAACAUUACCAGUUUCUCAAUUCUGACACCUGAAAAGACCAGAGGUUAUGUUGGCUUUUAUUGUGAGACAUAUGGGUUAUUUCUUAAGAACAAUUCAUAUCUCACGGAUGCCAGUAUGUUAUCGAAUAUCCGUUUGUACCCUGGAAACAGUCAGGGUGAUUGUGUGAUCCAAGUGAAGGAUAAUAAGUUGCUAGAUAUGGAAAAAUUGUGUGAUAAUGGGUGGCUGGCAGAGUCUACAGAUCUAACAACAACUGGAAACUUGAAAAAUUGUGGUUGUCAAAUUAGUGAAAUCUCGUCAUCUGCUCAGAAUUGCUCUGCCACUUAUAACGGGAUUCAGUUACUCAACGUUUCAGUCAAUACAUCUCAUUUUUCAAAUAUCAAGCUUGUCAAAGGAAUAAUCAAUAUCCAAGAUACAAACAUUCAGAACUUAUCUUUUCUGAAAAGUUUUCAAUACUGGACGAAUAUUGAAAAUAAUGCUCCAGAUGGAAUUACUCUUGCCAACUUUGAGAAUUUGCACCCUGAUUUCUGUCUGUCUCUGUCGGAGAUGAUGAUCCUGCUCGAACUGAAUUUACCUUUUGUGAAUCUUCAAGCAAAAUUCUGUGAGGACCCUGGAGAUAUUGUGGAGCUGAUUUUAUGUCGGUUCUCUUCGAUGUACGAUUUGCCGAAUAACUGCGAUAUAGUUCUGGGAGACUUGAAGAUAGAGAAAGGAGAUGAAGAUGACUGCACCAAACUGAAUAAUAUGAAGUAUUUAUUUGGAGCAUUGAUUGUCCAAAACACUGAAUUAACAGAUUUGGACAAUUUGGCAGCUUGCAAACAUAUUGUCUCUUUAAAUGAUUCAUAUCCAGUGAUUCAAUUCAUUUCAAACAAGAAACUCAAAAAUUUGGAACUUCGAUACAUUUAUAGUAUAACGACCCGAGGCAAAAGAGAAGCUAUAAUUCAGGACAACGAUCUUUUCAAAGCAGAACUAGGCAAUCAGUCCUGUCAGCUUUUUCAAUCUUAUACUGAAUACUCUGAGUUCAUGACAAGAUUGGUGUAUACUGGAGGGGAUUGUGGUCUAUAUACUUUUUAA